CGUAUCCUCGCUACUUCCACUUCCUGGCCGGGUGUCCGUCCGUUCGGCGGCGGUUGGGAGUGGGCUGCGUUUGCGUCAGGUGCCGGGAAGAAGCGCGCGGGGCGAUGGUGCUGCUGGAGAGCGAGCAGUUCUUGACAGAGCUAACCAGGCUUUUUCAGAAAUGCAGGACCACAGGCAGUGUCUAUAUAACGUUAAAGAAAUAUGAUGGUCGGACAAGACCAAUUCCACGCAAGGGCCAUCUUGAGAGUUUUGAGCCUGUAGACAACAAAUGUCUUCUUAGAGCCACAGAUGGGAAGAAAAAAAUAAGCACAGUGGUGAGUUCAAGGGAAGUUAACAAAUUCCAGAUGGCAUAUUCAAAUUUGAUUAGAGCCAAUAUGGAUGGUUUAAAGAAGAAAGACAAGAAAAGCAAAAACAAGAAAAGUAAAGCAACACAAUGAUAUAAAAAACAUUUCUCCAAAGGAUGGACCCAUGUUUUACCCCACAUUUUUCUUUAUGUAACCACUUACCUUUUGACUAAUAACUGAAUUUACCAACUAGUAAUUGAAGAGUAAGCUUCUUGUACAGAGAAUGCUCUCAGGAUUGUGAUACACAAAAAUAAAUAUCUCUAAUGCAUAAAUUUA